CGUCCGACAGAGCGUUCCCAGGAGCCAUCUAAUUCUAUACGCCCUGUGUAAUGAAUACAUGCUUUAAGAUCAGACAGCGUUAAGAUCCCACAGCGAAGGCUUGUUUCAAGUCCCUGGGGAGAAACGAGGGUUUCGUCGACGAUGUCGGGGAGGAGCCGUAUGCCGCAGCACGGCAUGAAGGGCCCGCCGCCGUCGCUCCACGAUGUGCCGCCUACCCCUUUCGGCGGCCGCGGGCGCGGCCCGAUCCACCACGCCGCCCUCCUCAAGGAGAUGAGAGACGGCCCCCCCUUCGGCCUCCGCGGUGGCCAUGCCCCUCACCCUGCCGUCAUCGAGGAACGCCUCGCCGCCCAACACCAGGAGAUCCAGGGCCUCCUCGCCGACAACCAGCGCCUCGCCGCCACCCACGUCGCCCUCAAGCAGGAGCUCGACGCUGCCCAGCACGAGAUCCGCCGCAUGUCCCAUGCUGUCGCCUCCAUGCAAGCCGACAAGGAUCUGCAGCUUCGUGAGACUUAUGAGAAGUCGAUGAAGCUGGAAUCGGAGCUGCGAGCUGCGGAGGCUAUGAGGGGGGAGCUGAUACAGAUCCGUGGGGACAUACAGAAGCUCAAUGCGGUGAGGCAGGAGCUGACAGGUCAGGUUCAGGCCGUUACCCAGGACUUGACUCGUGCCUCGGCAGAUUUGCAACAGGCACCAGCGAUUAAAGCUGAAAUUGAAGCCAUCAAGCAGGAAACUCAACGGGUGAGGGCUGCUAUCGAGUAUGAGAAGAAGGGUUAUGCAGAGAAUUAUGAGCAAGGGCAAGUUAUGGAGAAGAAUUUGAUUUCAAUGGCACGUGAGGUUGAGAAGUUAAGAGCUGAGGUCGCUAAUGCUGAAAAACGGGCACGAGCAGCAGCAGCUGCUGGGAAUCAAGGUGCAGUUUAUAGUGGAAAUUAUGGCAAUCCAGAUCCCAAUUAUGGUGCAAAUCCGUAUCCAUCUGGCUAUGGCGUGAAUCCUGUUCCUGGAGUGACGGAUGCUGGUCCUCAGUAUGGAUCUGGGUCUGGCCAUGGUUCUUGGGGAGCAUAUGACAUGCAACGAGCUCAUGGACGCCGAUAAAAAAGAGUGGCAGUCAUCAGUGCUGCUAUGCGUUUUCUAUAUAUGAUCCUCUGGGGGCAGCUUAAUAGCUACCUCCCUAGUUUUCUAUCGAGUGUCGUUGAUCAGAAAUGAUGUGGUGGACAGACUCACUACAAAUCUUUUGGGUGUUCACUAUUCUAGCUUUUGGUUAUGACAGUAAGUGAUUAUUCGGCAAAAGCAUUGCUCAAUACUAAUUUUAGUAUGAUAUUUUUACGUGCAACAUGGCUAUUAUUAACUAAAUAUGGUUCUCUUCAGUGAUUAAUUUA